GUUCACAUGGGAUGCCAAUAGAUAGGUAGGGACCAACCAACCCACUGUGUAUUGAUGAGUUGAAUAGGCUGAUGGCUGAGAGGAAGGAAUAAAGGACAAUGGCCAAACCACCAAACAUUGAAACAUCUAUAUACAGAGAGAGAGAGAGAGAGAUGAAACUCCAAAGAUAGUAACCAAGGGAGCAUGGUGAUCUUCCUGAUUCUCUUCUUGGUCCUGAAACUCUCAGCAGGACAAGAUGAGUGCACCCCAACAACAUGCUCAGACCACGGUCCAACCAUCCGAUUCCCAUUCCGUCUAAACAACCGCCAGCCUCAACACUGUGGCUAUCCCGGCUUCGAUCUUUCUUGCUCCCAAAACAACGACACGGUCCUUGACCUCCCAUUUUCUGUCAAAGUUUUCAUCAACCACAUAAAUUACACAUCUCAAUCCAUUCACAUCGCAGACCCAGAUGGUUGUUUUCCUAGCCAGCUUCGACACCUCAACUUGUCUUCCUCUCCAUUCCAAUUCUCCAAUUUCGUCAAUGAUUUCAGCUUAUUCAGUUGCCCUGCAAAAGGGCAACAAUUCCAAUACAAGACCUGCAUUCCCGGCGAACCGGGUCGUGAAGUUAUUGCUGUUCACAAUGAUUUUUUCAUCUUCAAUCUUGGACUUAUCUACUACUACCCCUUAUUAUCUUGCAGAAAGUUGUAUAAUAUUUCGUCUGUUCCUUCUGAGGUAUUUGAUCGAACAUCCGAUCUGCAAUUGAAAUGGUCGAAACAGAUAUGUGGCAACUGUGAAGCAGAAGGCAAGUAUUGUAGAUUGAAGAUCAGUAACAGCACGGGACAUGAAAAUUUUGAAUGCUUUGGCUUCCUCAAACCACCAAAGGAAGGUGAAUUGAAAAGGCGACUAGUGAUUGCAGGUGCGGUUGUAGGCUCUUUUCUUCUUCUUGUAGUUGUCAUUGCAUUGUAUUGUGUCCACAGAGCAAAGAAAAUAAAGAGAGAGGACCAAUUAAAGAUUGACAGCUUUUUGGAGGAUUACAGGGCUCUCAAGCCAUCAAGAUAUUCUUAUGCAGACAUCAAAAAAAUUACAAAUCAAUUCAUAGACAAAGUAGGUCAAGGAGGUUAUGGAACAGUGUACAAGGGACAGCUUUCCAAUGAUGUUUAUGUUGCAGUGAAAAUCCUCAAUAGUUCAAAGGGAAAGGGGGAAGAUUUCAUCAACGAAGUGGGAAUAAUAGGUAGAAUCCACCACAUCAAUGUGGUUCGCCUGGUUGGAUAUUGUGCUGAUGGGUUUAGAAGAGCUCUUAUUUAUGAAUUCUUACCAAAUGAUUCACUGCAAAAGUUCAUGUCAUCCGAUCACGAGAAAGGUUUACUUGGUUGGAAGAAGUUGCAAGAUAUUGCUAUAGGCAUAGCCAAAGGAAUUGAAUAUCUUCACCAAGGGUGUGAUCAACGAAUCCUUCACUUCGAUAUUAAACCCCAUAAUGUCUUGUUGGACCACAACUUAAAUCCGAAGAUCUCAGAUUUUGGUCAAGCAAAGUUGUGCUCAAAGGAACAAAGUAUUGUAUCCAUGACUACUGCUAGGGGAACCAUUGGCUAUAUCGCACCUGAAGUAUUCUCCAGGAACUUUGGGAAUGUGUCAUACAAAUCAGAUAUCUAUAGCUUUGGGAUGUUGUUGCUUGAAAUGGUAGGAGAGAAAAAGGAUUUUAAUGUAACAGUGCAGAACACCAACCAAGUGUACUUUCCUGAAUGGAUUUACAAUCGUUUGCAUCGCGGAGAGGAGCUGGGAAUCCAGCUGAGGGAUGAUGCAGAUGCCAAGAUUGCAAAGAAGUUAGCGAUUGUGGGACUUUGGUGCAUUCAGUGGUACCCGAUAGAUCGACCCUCCAUGAAUGUUGUGGUUAAAAUGCUAGAAGGCGAUGAGGACACUCUGAUCAUGCCCGCCAAUCCAUUUUCUUCCACAAAUCCAACAGCAACUAGUGCAGUUGUGGAUGUAAGGCCUGUAAAUAGUGAGUUAGAAAUUAUUGUUGAAUCUGAAAUUAUUAUUGAAUCUGAAUAACAAAGCCAAACUAUGUCAGUUUUAUUGUAGUUUCAUCGGAGUAGAAAUCUCUCCAUUGUCAUCGAUCAAUGACUGGUCCUUUUUUAUGCAUAAAUAUAGUAUUUGAUUAACA